GAACUGGCUGGGCGAGGUCACGUGGCUCGACACGUGAUCACUUAAAAGUUGUUACCUUGGGGAAGAAAUGGGCACACGAAGGGUCGGCUAGUCUUUCGAAUGUGGGCUGGAAACUACAAAACCCAGCGUCUCGGGAGCUGCCUUUCCCCCAACAGGAAGUGGAGCGUCCCCGGCCGGAGGGCGACGCUGGGGACGGGCCCCUGCUUCGGGCGCUCGCUUGGCGGGCGGCGCUUUCCCAGGUUAUCUGUCCGCUGCUUCCUUUAGGAAAAAUAGAAAGGAGCCAGCGGGACGCCCCUUCCGUCCUGUGAUCACCUCGCUGGCUGCUGCUACCCAGCACGUCGGCCAGCCCACUGCAUUCUUCUGCACCCCGUGCCAAGAGAGCCUGUUUCUAUCAAUCACUGAAGCCAUAAGGAAUUUUUUUUCAGUUAAGCUUCAUCACAAUGAGGUGUUGCCACCUCUGCAAGCUUCCAGGGAGAGUGAUGGGCAUCAGAGGGCUGCGCUUCUCCUUGGUGGUUAUCCUUGUGCUCCUACUGGUCGCUGGCGCGCUGACAAAUUUACUUCCGACUAUCAAAGAAGACAAGGUGCUCACGAUGCGCCGGGAGGUAAAAUCCCAGGCCAAGUCUGCCACGGAUGCCUUCACUCUCAUCAUGCAGACCUACAACAGGACGGAUCUCCUGCUGAGACUUUUAAACCACUAUCAGGCAAUCCCACACCUGCACAAAGUGAUCGUCGUGUGGAACAACAUCGGGGAGAAGGCACCAGAGGAGCUGUGGAAUUCUUUAGGGCCUCACCCUGUCCCCGUGAUCUUCAAACUCCAGACGGCAAACAGGAUGAGAAACCGGCUCCAGGUCUUCCCUGAAUUGGAAACGAGUGCGGUGUUAAUGGUCGAUGAUGACAUGCUGAUUAGUGCCCAGGACCUCCUGUUUGCUUUCUCUGUUUGGCAGCAAUUUCCUGAUCAGAUUGUAGGAUUUGUUCCUAGAAAGCAUGUCUCCACUGCAUCGGGAAUCUACAGUUAUGGAGGUUUUGAACUGCAAAUACCAGGACUUCAAAAUGGUGACCAAUAUUCUAUGGUGCUGAUUGGUGCCUCCUUCUUCAAUAGCAAAUACCUGGAGCUUUUUCAGAAGCAACCUGCAACUGUCCACGCUUUGUUAGAUGAAACUCAAAACUGCGAUGAUAUUGCCAUCAAUUUUAUCAUUGCCAAACACACUGGGAAGCCUUCGGGGAUAUUUGUGAAACCGGAAAACAUGUUCAAUUUAGAAAAAGAAACCACCAGUGGCUAUUCUGGGAUGUGGCAUCGAGCCGAGCACUUUGUGCAGAGGUCCUACUGUGUGAACAAGCUUGUUAAGAUCUAUACUAGCAUGCCCUUAAAAUACUCCAACAUCAUGAUUUCUCAGUUUGGUCUUCCAUAUGCCAACCACAAAAAGUAAAAUGUCAGAGUUCAAAAGAAACCUCAGAACUGCUUCGUAUUUGAGUUGCUUCUCCGCAUUGCAUAGUUGUUUCUGUUUUUGUAUUUACAAGCAACACAACGAACUUUAGUCCACACCCUGAGUCUCUACACAGGAACAAUGUGCAGUGCUCCUAGGCUAGAAAAUCCACAUCCACAUGGAGUCAAGAGCCAAGAAGCUGGUGUCAUCGAGAUCGGUCAUCAGAAGAAGUUUUUAAUCCAGAGAUGUGACUGUUUGGUCAGCAAUUACAUUGUUUACAUUUUGAGACUGGUACACAAUUUCUUUGACGUCUGGCAUUUGCCUUAAGGAUCUAUAUAGCAAGCCGUUCCCAGGAUCAGAAUUCCGAAAGAGGUGUGUCAGCGUUUUCACCAGAGGUCGGUUGUUUUCAUUUGAAGCCUGAAUGCUUCGUUAGCAGAAGUCUAAGAUAGGGGAAAGCCAUGUGAAGAGAGAAUAGAAUCCCAGUAAACCCGAGGCAAAGCACAGCUCCCAGUGCUUGCUUCCCUUUUACGCAGUCCCCCAUUCUGAAUGCAGCCAGCAUGGGCUUGAUGCAACCAUUAGUGCUUUCCCGUUCAUUGAUAAAUCAGUUGUGACCAGGAAGGUUCAUUUUAGUAACUGCAGUCUAUCUAGUUGUUUGCCUGAUUUUUCUGAACAUUUACUGCAUGGUCCACCAAAAAAUGCAGCCUGUAUUUAUUAUAUGCAACUAAAGGGAUAAAAGUGUUCACCAGGCUCAGGUAUUACAUUUUGCCCCUGCAUCUGACCUUGGGAAUGUACAUUAAUUCUUAUGUUGUCUAUAAAGAAUAUGUUGUCUAAGAAACACGUGUAAAAUCAGUCUUCGGAAGGAAUGGUGAAGGCGGGAAUGAUUGAAGCCAAAGCCCUUCAUACCAAAAGCUAGCUGUUACUAGGGUGCAGGCUCUCUCUCGGAUACUAAGGAGAGUGUGUGGAUUGCAUACAAAGUCAGACUCCCGCAUUCUGAACUUCAUUGUUGUUGCUGUGUUUGUUUCUUCGAUUGUUCCUUUGUGCAUUUGUUUGUUUUUCAAAAACAGAUCCAAAGUACUGUUCGUCAUGAUGAGAUUUGUUUCUUAGCUACAAGAAACACAAAGUGGAGUCCUAGCAGAGGCGUUCUGUAGGCUCUCAACCUCGGUUCGUUGUUAAGGAAGCCUCCUCUCGCAUGUGAGUUAGAGGGUCUGGUUCGCCCUUGUUCACUACUUGCAGCAAGGAAUGCUGAAAUAAACCGCCGUCUCCUCCUUUUUAUGUAAUGCCAGGAUAUCUUGUGAAAUAUCUUAUGCCGGAUACUUGUGAAGUAUCACAGAGUAUCUUGUGAAGCUGUGAACAUUUUAAAAUAACCAUGGCUCUCUCAGUCAGUCCAGAUGAGUGUAAGAGAAAUGCCACAUACCGUUCAAUCCAGGAGAAUGGCAGAUUUUCCAACAAUGAGGUCUCCGUGCAGUGAGUUCCGGAUAUGUUGUCAUAUGUGUCUCAAUUCCAUCGAAACCCAUAGAACGCAAAUCCCACUAACAAUCUAUAUUGCUCAUAUGACCCAACAAUUCAACCCCUAGGUAUAUGCCCAAACGACAUGGAAACGGAGAUUCAGAAAGAGACUUGUUCACCAAAGUUCAUUGUAGCACUAUUCACAAUAUGCAAAAGGUAGAAAACACCUAAAUGUCCAUCAACAGGUGAACGGAUAAACAAAACAUUUAGUGCACUGCUCACCCAGUAGGAGAAAUGCAGUCUUAAUGCUAUAUGCUCGAGUGUGGGUGAAGCUUGACUUUAUGCUGAGUGAAAUUAGCCAAAUAUUAAAGGACAAAUCUUGUGUGAGCUCGCUUAAAUAAAAGGCAAGGAAAACGUAGACAGACCCAAGUUUUUAGAGAUGGAAGAGAAGAGGAAAAGGGGCUGUAACAGUAAUGGAAACAUUGCAUUGAUUAUGAGUACAGUUACACAGCCAAUUGUAAUUGUUGUCAAUAAGUAAUACAUUUGUAAGAAGCUGACUUGGCGAAACUGGUGUGAUAGUAAGUUUACAAUAACAACAACAGAAAUGUAGCUGCUGGGACUGCUUAGGUAUAAACUAACAUCUCAUGGGAUUUGGUUCCUUGCUUUGGACAUUUAGCGCCAUGAGACACCCUAGUUAAUUGGCCUAAUAACGUGUUUAGUGCCUCUGUGUUACAUUCCAGUUUAUUGUGUAGUGCCUAGGGUCUGAAACGCUUGCAAGUGGCCAUCAAAAACACAACAGUUGGUCUGCAAUUGCGUGGAGCAACAGAGAGAGAAAGGAAUCGGAGAAAAGUAUGGGAACUGCCUCCUUUGCCGUGACACCAAAACGCGUGGUGCCCAGCCCCCCUUGCUGAAAUCGAUGAUCAAAGGACCCAUAGAAGAAUCUUGAUCGCAGUGGAGAAAUGCAGAAAAGAAUUUCAAAUUCUCUUGGCCUCUAGACUUUCUAGAGGCAUGAAGUCCAAUGAACCCCCAAACGAUUGCCCUGAGAUAAUCAUUAACUAUUAAACCAAAAAUAUAUAUCUUAGAGCUCAAGACAGCUUAGCUUAACUAUUUAAAAAAUACCUGUCUUCAGUAUGAUGCUCUUUGAAGAGCUACUUAUAUGGGAUCAAAUUGACAACAGCAACGUGAAAGAUUAGACAGGAACCAUGGUAGGCAGGAACUUCAUGUUCAGAACAAGCGUGCAAUUGGUUGUACAGCUCAAAGAAUGUAAUCAGUGUUACUAAAUCAUACGUUUAGAAACUCUUGAUUUUGUUUUUUGCUGUGUAUCUUCUCAACAACAAAAUAAAAUAUAGGACAAAACAUAAUUGUUCAAUA